GCUCUGAUCAUGGCCGGCAUCGACGCUUUCCAGCACUUUUCGUUUUCCGCCGGCCGCUUUUCUGAUCUUGCUCCUCUUUUUCUCAUUUUUUCGCGUUAUAUUUGUGCUUUUAAUAGCAAAGUUUUGUUUAAAUAGUAACUAAGUAAGUAACUGCUUAAGAUAAUCAAGAAACUAAUUGAAAAAUAACUAACGCCGGUUGUGAUCGUGUGUUUUUGUGUCAGUGAGUUGUGUUUUUGUUGCAAAAAUGUUUACUUUCUUAGAAAAUGCCACCCCUGUACUCUUAGUUAAAACUUAUAACUAUUUUAAACGUAAUAAUAUAUGAUUUUAUUGAAUUAAUCAUUUUAUUGUGAAAUUCGACUUGGGGUGCUCCUCUCUUUCACGUGCAUUCUUUUCGCGAGCGGUUUGAAGCGCUCUCUCCAUAGGUGAGAGUGCAUUGAGAGGAAAGUACCGUUAAGGGGGAGCAGCGACCAUAACAAAGGAAGUUCCACAGAUAACAGUAAAAAAGGAGAAAAGUUUCAGAUCUAUUAUGUAAUAUUUUGAAGGAAAAUUGUGGAAAUAUUGAAAAAAUCAAGGGUUUUCAGAUCUAAUGUCUAAUAUUUUGAUGUAAAAUGGUGGAAAUCUUGAAAAAAUCAGGGGUGCGGCGGUCAUACUGGCGGCCAGCUGAUCGGCACGGCACCCACACGUUCCAAUACCGACACACAUACACGCACAUCCGACGCACGUGCUGACUGGCUGUUUUCGUUUUUUUUUUUAUUGGAUUCCAAUUCACCUUUUUUGGAUAUUCCGACCUGAACCGCACCGCACCGCACUCCAGCACCAGCUCCAGCUCCAGCUCCGCUCCGCUCCAGCUAACUGCAUCCGCGAUGGGUAAGAACAAGCGCAACAACAAAAACAAAAACAAGCAGCCGCCGCCGCCAGCUGCUGGAAGUGCCGGUGGAGGUGCCGCUGCUGCUACUGCCACUGCCACUGGCGCUGCGAAAAACAAUUCCAAUGAAAAUCGGACAAUACCUGAACUAAGCUACCGACCGAGGAGGGAACUAAACGACCUAGUGUCCAAGCUACUGGCACUAGUGGAGGUGCAGCCGGAAAAUCCCAACGAGGAAUGGAAUCAGUACAUACAGAUGCACGAGCUGCUGCAGAGGAUCAUCGUGCUGGAGGAGCCCAUCAAGCAGGCGGUUCUCCCAUCGGAGGAUGACACUUCCGCCGCCAAUCGACUGGCCAGGGUGGAGCGCUUCAAGGAGUGGGCGGAGAGCAGGGGCGUGGUCAAUACGGCUGUGGAAAUAGCCACCAUUCCGGGCUAUGAGCUCGGUCUGAAGGCCAUCCGCGACAUCAAGGCCGAGGAGAAGGUGAUCAGUGUACCGCAUCACACCAUCUUCUCGAUGGAAUCCCUGCCAGAAACGGAACGCAACCUGAUCGACAACUUCUCGGCGCUGGGCAACUUCAAGCUGGUCUUCGCCCUCAUCAUCGAGAAGGCGCGCGGCGACCAGAGUGCCUGGAAGCCCUACAUCGAUGUCCUGCCCGCCAAAUACAACACCGUCCUGUACUACACCCCCGCCCAGAUGCAGAAGCUGCGCCGCACCGCCGUCUGCUCGGUGGCCGUCCGGCAGUGCCGGCUGAUCGCCCGCCAGUACGCCACCAUGUACACUUGUGCCCACCUCCCGGCGAAGGCCACCGGCACGGAGAUCGCCAACAAGGGCGCCUACUUCACCUCCUACGGACUCUGCUACGAGGUAUACCGAUGGGCUGUAUCCACGGUGAUGACCCGCCAGAACCUAGUUCCCCGGAAGUUCCAAGUGAAAGGAGCAUCCGGAGAGGAGAAUGUCACGGACGAUGAACCCGUUUCCGCCCUGAUUCCCUUCUGGGACAUGGCCAACCACGGGUCCGGCAGGAUCACCACCUUCUUCGACAGCACUGCCGGGGAGGUGUCCUGCAACGCCCAGGCGGCGUGCUCCGCCGGAGAGCAGUUCUUCAUCUACUACGGUGAUCGGACCAAUACCGAGUUCUUGGUGAACAAUGGGUUCGUCGAUCCGGAUAAUCGGAAUGAUUAUGUGAACAUCCGGUUGGGACUGAGUCCUACGGAUCCCUUGGCCGAGAAGCGUGCCAUUAUCCUUGCUGCCUUGGGCAUUGAACGCAAGGCGACGCUUCGUGUCCUGCCGGCUCCCGUCUACAUCCACGGUGAUCUGCUGGCCUUUGUCCGGGUCUUCAAUAUGAGCUCGGAGCAGUUGGAUCACUGGAGCAGUAACCUGGAGCGGGCGAGGGAUCUGCAGUACAUCGACUGUGCCCUGGAAACGGAUCACGAGCGAAGCACCUGGCAGUAUCUGUACGAGCGUUUGAGGCUCCUACUGGCGGCCUUCGACGCCCCCCUGCCUGCCAUCAAAGACGAUGGCAAGGACUCGAAUCAGGAUAUCGAACUGACUAUUCAACAGUACCGUUGCCAGGAGAAGAGCAUCCUUGCCGGAGCCUUGCAGUAUGUCCAGGAGCAUUGCAAGGUGUAGGAGAAGGAGUGAUUGCAUCACCAAAACUACACCCAAACACCCACACACACACAAUUCGAGUGGCCAUCGAUAAAGCAACAAAACAAAAAAAAAAUCAUUUAGCAUUAACAGUUAACUGUUUUUUUUUAAACUUAAUUUAUAUAUGAAUUUUUUUUUAAAACCAAAUGGAAACCAAACAAUAUUUUAAAUGACACCACAUCCUAGGAGGUACUUGGACUGUCCUGUACCUCAGCUCGAAGUUAUUCUCACCUCCAUCAUCGAUUAUCGGAAUACUCCUCGCGAUUUUAUGCUCGUCCUCGUCAAAUAUUUAAAGUGUGAAGCGCCUAUUUGUUUUAUGUUUGUUUAUUUAAUCUUAAUAUUAUCAGUUUUAUUAUAUUGGAAUUAUAUAUGAAGUAAAAAGCA